AUGAUUCUCCGUAAAUUGAGCAGUAUAUUUAUUUCACGCUGUUUUAUACGACGAGCUGUCACAAUUCCUUCCAAAUUUUGUGAUCGAGUAAAUAUCAGUGCAGAAAAGGGAUGUGACGGUGAAGAAUUGAAUGCUGUCAAAAGUCGUAUUUCUGGUAAUUUGCUUGUUUCAGAUAACUUUAUAAGUGAAGAAGAAGAAACAAUGUUAUAUGACGAAGUAAGGGCAUUAUUGGAGAAGAGGAGUUACCAAAAUGAACAUUGGGAUGACGCAAUUCAUGGGUAUAGAGAAAGUGAAAAAGAAAGUUGGUCCAAAUCUUGUAUGAUUGUCUUCAAAAGAGUGAAGGAGGCCUCGUUUGAUUCCUCGCACACACUUUUGCCUUACGUUCAUAUUCUGGACCUGGAUUCCAAAGGAUUCAUCAAACCUCAUAUUGAUAGCGUAAAGUUCUGUGGUUCAACAAUUGCUGGACUAAGCCUCCUAUCACCGUCAAUAAUGCGAUUUCGCCACGAGAAAUUCAAUCGUGUUACGAUAGACGCCCUCCUCCCUCGAAGAUCUUUAUACAUUUGCAGGAAUGCAAUUCGCUACGAAUUUACACAUGAAAUUCUUCCACCUGAGUUGUCAAUUUGGAAUGGAGAUAUAAUUGGGCGAUGUAGAAGGAUUUCUUUAAUGCUACGCUGUAAACCAGAAGAAAAUUCUGUCAAGGCAACGUGAAAUACAGUUUUUCGCGAACUACAUGAAAAACAGCCAGAAAUUCUCCCUGAACGUUUCCUAUAUUCAAAAGACGCCAGUUGGUAUCAAGUUUUGGCUUUUUGAUAAAGAAAAAAGAUGUAUUCGUAGCUCUUCAAUCAAGAUCGCUGUAUUGAAUAAGAUGAAAGAGACCAAAAACUACACCAGGGCAAUCAAAAAACGUUAUCACGAGUUUGUUUCAGGGCAGUAUUUUAAUUCAAAAGGUGAAAGAUGGGUUGUAUUUGAUGUUUCUUCCGUCAUUGCAAGGGUCCUAAGAAAUGUCAGGAAAUCGUAUAAAAGCAUGGAUACUGCAAAGCUCGUCAUUGUGGUAAAAAACAAAUGCCCUUCGUCGAAGGUGAGAAUCCAGAAUUCGCGUCAGUCCUACAUAGAAAUAACAGCGAACGACCGAGCUCCUGCCCUCAAUUGUACUCCUGGUGAAGUGCGCUGUUGCUGGCAACCAAUCGCGGUGACAGAAGGAGAUCUUUUAAGCAAGGGGUUCAGUUUGAUUGCACCACGCAUGUUCAACACUGGUUAUUGCAAAGGCACAUGUGAAGGUCACGCAGGUGGGCGUCGAUGUUGUACGCCAACAAAAACAGUUUCAUUUCACUAUAUUUACGCACACAAUCGUUUAUUCAAGAAAAGUGUGUCUGAUAAUGUCAUCGAGUGCGGAUGCCGCUAAAAACAACUGAAUAUUGCCACGAAUCCUAUUGUAUACAUGGAUAUACAUUAUAUAAUGUAGAUAAUAGAUGAAACAGUUAUAGUAACUUGUAAAUUUCGACUAAAAGCUAAAAGGUUAGUGGGCAAUAUAACGUAGGCAGUGGUGUUUCUUGCGACUGUUGCAUAUUUUUCUAUGAAGAAGUGUAUUAUACAUGCAUAUCUUCCAUUUUUAGAGAAAGGUGCAAAACGUAAAACUU